UGUACUCCGAGAUGUUCAACAUCCACAGGGAUCCUCGAUUGUUCUUACGGAUCUUCACAGCGAUUAUGUUCUCAGACCGGGAAUAUCUUGGCUACGAUCCCAGUAUCACCACCCUCGACGAUGGCAGUCGCAUUGUGACCGUGAAGGGCAAAUCGUACGUGAUCAAGAAGCGAAUAUAUUUCAGCCCUUCGAUCCUCGGACGCGGAACCUCGUGUUGGCAAGCGACUCGUGAUGGCGUCACAUAUGCUAUCAAAGACUACUGGACAGACGUCACUCGCGAAUUUACAGAAGCCGAGUUUCUGGAGGAGGCACGUAAUGCCGGCAUCGAGAAUGUUUGCCAGCUAGUAGACGAGGAGAUUCUCACCUUUCGAGGGAAGGAGGACACGACUGACCUCGUACGACCUGCGAUAAGGGCGAAGAAAGGCAAGAAGAAAUACCCAAAGCAAGACUGCCGAGUACACAGGCGCCUCGUGUUGCAGCCCUUUGCAGAAUCCAUCGUCGAAUUUGAGACGAAGCGGGAGUUGAUCAAGGCGUUUAUAGACGUUAUUCAAGCGCAUAAAGCACUGCUCGAGAAGGUUGGGAUACUUCAUCGAGAUAUCAGUUUAAACAACAUCAUGCUAGCCGCCACAAGAGACGCAGCGGGCCAGCGACGAGGAGUGCUUAUUGAUCUCGAUUAUGCAAUGCGAUAUUCAGAGGAUGAGGCGGAGCAGGGGAAGCAACGGAAGACUGCCACAGCUGAGCGCACUGGAACUACCCCCUUCAUGGCCCUGGACCUUCUGUGGGGUGGUGGGGGGGUGUCGCAUAGACCCGAAUGGGAUCUUGAGUCUUUCUUCUAUGUGCUCUUCUGGAUCUGUGUUCUCUAUGAUGGCCCCAGAAACUCGGAAAGACGUAUCUCUUUCAAGCAGACUCCACUGUACCACUGGACCGAAGGCAGCUUCGAAGAGGUGGCGCAGAACAAGUCUAGCGUUGACAGUGACAAGGGUUGGCCUAACACGCUUGUACGGGUGUCGCCGUAUUUUGAGGACCUGAAGCCGUGCCUGGACCGAUGGCGCUAUAUACUGUUCAAGAAAGGCAGUCCGGCCACCCACGAUGAGGUUGUUCGUAUUCUGCAAGAGACGCACGAUGCCUUAGAAGAAGAGGAAACCCCGGAGAACGCGCCUGGCUCGGUGCAGGGUCAAUCCGAGAAGCCGAUCAGCGCCGUGCGCCAGUACCACACUCGCUCAUACCUGGAGACAUCAAAGAAAAAGAAUCAGAAAGAGGAGGCUUCUGAGGACGAGGUUGAGGAAGAUUCUGAGGAUGGCUCUGGCAAAGAGUCUGAGGACGACGUUGGGGAGGAGCCUGAGGAAGACCAGGUCGCCGAAGACGACGAUGUGCCGGACGAGGACGAAUCGAGCGAGGCAGAGGAAGAUAGCUCUGACAGCUCUUACUCUCCUAGUCCCUCACGCGCUCGGGUGCAGAUUUCGAGCACUGGUUCGCGCGGUCGCAAGAGGACGCGCAAGGACACGGCGCAAGAAGAUGACGACGACGGAUAUACUGAGUCUGGCAUCUUUCCGGAAUCGCAGAAUGCUGGUUGGCGAAGCGACGCAUUUACCUUGCACUCUCCCCAUCCAUCGUCUUCUGCUUCCUCCUGGAGUCAGAGAACAGCCCCAACCUCAUCCGAAGCUAAGCGGCACCGUGGAAAGUAGGAGGUACUUGGUCUUUGUCUACCGCAACCUUCCGUCGUGCUCUAUCUCCCGUCUCUGAUGGGUCGUAUAUCGCUAAUCGUUGCUUUGCUGUAAGUGCAUGUUGUCCUUCUCUGUCGCCCAUCGCUAUGUCAUGUACCUCUCGUAGUGGAAUAUAUUCCCAACUAUAGCUCCAUCAGGAUUGCGGACACAUACAAAAUUGGUACUGCUCAUGGUGAUGCUUAUGGCGUGUUACUUUUGCACGCUUGGGCGAUACCUUACCAUCAUGGAAAUAAAGGGUUGCUUGCCCGGUGUUUUACAGAGCCGUACUUUGCCCCACACCAUGUGAACUUGUUUUCUCAGAUUGAUGUCGUGUUCCAAGCACUAGUCACUA